AUGGCCCCGGUUGCUAAUUCGUCUGCCACGGACGCUUCGGCGCGUGGCACGGCCCCUAACCCUACGGCUGCCCGCCAUGAGCAGCAGCAGACGAUUCGUGUGGCCUCGGACCGCUUGACGUACUCGCCUGAGUACAUAACAGCGCAGUACGAGUACCAGAACACACACAUUGAGCGCCAAGCUGGCGCCGAUGGUGUGGAGGAACUUGUGGCUAGGCCGUACAAGCAAGAGUUUGAGUUCCGUACGAAGCGUGCGCUGCCCAAGACGGGUUUGAUGCUUGUUGGUUUGGGUGGUAACAAUGGUACUACCAUUACGGCUACGAUUCUGGCGAACCGUCACAAUGUGCAGUGGCACAACAAGGACGGUCUGCAAACGCCCAACUACUAUGGCUCACUUGUUCGUGCAUCGACCAUCCGUCUGGGUAGCGAUGCUUCUACUGGCAAGGAUGUGUGGGUGCCGUUCAGCAAUGUGCUGCCAAUGGUCCACCCUAAUGACUUUGUCGUGGGCGGUUGGGACAUUAGCGGUCUGCCGCUGGACAAGGCCAUGGAGCGUGCCAAGGUGCUGGACUAUGACCUGCAGCGCCAGGUGGCGCCUAUGAUGGCAGAAAUUAAGCCGUUGCCGUCGGUGUACUACCCGGACUUUAUUGCUGCGAACCAGGAGGAGCGCGCAGACAAUGUCAUUCCGGGCACGAGCAAGAAAGCGCACGUGGAGCAGCUGCGUCAGGACAUUCGUGCGUUCAAGCGCGAGCAUGGCCUGGACCAGGUGGUGGUUGUGUGGACUGCGAACACGGAGCGCUACGCGGAGAUCCUUCCUGGUGUCAACGACACGGCGGACAACCUGCUGGCGGCUGUGGAGAAGGACCACGACGAAGUUUCGCCGUCGACCAUCUUCGCCAUUGCGUGUAUCCUUGAAAAUGUGCCGUACAUCAACGGUGCGCCGCAGAACACGUUUGUGCCGGGUGCGAUUGAGCUGGCUGAGCGUCACAAGGCGUUUAUCGGUGGCGACGAUCUCAAGACCGGCCAGACGAAGGUGAAGAGUGUGCUGGCCGAGUACCUCGUGAACGCCGGCAUCAAGCCGCUGUCGAUUGCGAGCUACAACCAUCUGGGCAACAAUGACGGCUACAACCUCAGCUCGCAGCGCCAGUUCCGCAGCAAGGAAAUUAGCAAGAGCAGUGUCGUGGACGACUGCUGCGAGGCGAACCAUUUGCUCUACCGCCCUGGCCAGCCGGCCAAGGCGGAUGGUUCCGCCGCUGUGAAGGGCGAGCGUCCGGACCACUGCAUUGUAAUCAAGUACGUUCCUGCGGUGGGCGACCAGAAGGUGGCGAUGGACGACUACACCAGCGAGCUGUGCAUGGGUGGCCGCAACCGUUUGUACGUGACGAACCUGUGUGAAGACUCGCUUCUCGCGAGCCCGCUGCUCAUUGACCUGGCCAUUCUUGCCGAGCUGAUGACGCGUAUCACGUACCGCGUGCCUGGCGACGCCGAGCCGGAAUGGGAGUCGAUGUACUCGGUGCUGAGCUUGCUGAGCUACAGUCUCAAGGCGCCGCUGGUCAAGCCCGGCACAGAUGUGGUGAACAGCUUGAACCGCCAACGUGCUGCUGUGACCAACUUCCUGCGCGCCUGCUUGUCACUCGCGCCUGAGAGCGAUCUGCUGCUGGAGACGCGUCUUUGGUAA